AUGGGAAGCAAGAAGAAAUCCAAAGGAAAACAGCGGAAGAAUCUGAAGGCUAAGAGCCAUGAAAGCCAUGGCGGUCUUGGAUGCUUCGAAGGUGAAGAGGAGGGCCUGAAACGGCUUUUGGAAGACAUUCACGAAACAAAGGAGAUCGAUUGCCAUAUGGUUGCCAAGUGCCUUCCCAAGACACUUCGUAACAUGAGAGAGAAGAAAAUAGAAGUACACUCGUUAUCGAUUCAGCUGGUUUGCGAGUACAAGAAUGCGUACAUUCUUCCAAAUAUCACUAGUAGUGAACUCGAGGACAAGACCAACGAUCAUCUGUGCCAGAGUCUUGCCGAAAAGGCGUUCGAGUUUGUGCCAGGCUACAGAGAGCUGUUGAGCAAAGAUGACAUUCAACAGUUUUCGAAAUACCUUCUCUUUCUCUUGUCAAAUGAAGCAGUCUGCGAGCACCUUGCAAAGGCCGGCGGGAACCCUUAUUUCGAUGGGAGCGAUUCCGACAACAAGGCCGAUGACGACCUGGCAUUCUUGACCAAUCCUAUCCGCACUGUUCUCUCUUCUAGAGCAAUCGAUUGGCCGAAUUUCGAAAUGGACAAGCUCAAGACUGCAGUCGACGCAACUUGCAGGUCGUGGGCGCCUCGAAUGGACAGCAAGCUUUGCAACGGAGAAACGGCGCCUUUCUCCGCCAAUGUCCAAUCUAUGAGCGGGGAAUGCCAGAACUGA